GUGACUUAUCGCAGGUCGCCCACCUCCAGCUGACUGUAACCUCAAAAACAUGUUUUGUUUACUUCUGCGGCGGUCUGCAGUUCGUAAUACCUGCAAAUUAAUUAGUAAACAGACAGCCAAGCCCGCGAUCUGCACACCCAGCAAUGCCCUGCACACCUCAACACCGCGGCGGCAUGGCGAGUUCGAGUGGCAGGAUCCCAAGUCGCCGGAGGAAGUGGUAAACAUCAUCUAUGUGGACAAGGAUGGGAAGCGCACCAAGGUGCAGGGCAAAGUGGGCGACAAUGUGCUGUACCUGGCCCAUCGCCAUGGCAUCGAAAUGGAGGGCGCCUGCGAGGCCUCCUUGGCCUGCACCACCUGCCACGUGUACGUGCAGCACGAUUUCCUGGAGAAGCUGAAGGAGGCCGAGGAGAAGGAGGACGAUCUGCUGGACAUGGCGCCGUUCCUGCGCGAGAACUCCCGCCUCGGCUGCCAGAUACUGCUGGACAAGAGCAUGGAGGGCAUGGAACUGGAGCUGCCCAAGGCCACCAGGAACUUCUACGUCGACGGGCACAAGCCCAAGCCGCACUAGCAGAAACACCAUUGUUAUUAUCCUAACAUUAUUAAAUAUAUAACGACUGUUGAAAUACCA